GGGAACCCGGAAGUACUUCAAACCGGACGUCCAGGUUUCUCAAUGUGACUUACCGUGGCCACAACACUGUUAUGGUUUGAUUCUGUCUUCAGGUAGUGGUUUAAAGACUACAAAAUGUUUCUUACCACCGUAAACUUGGCCAAGGCAAAAUCGAAGACCGUCCUGGUGCAGAUGGUGAGCGCUGCGGGGACAGGCUACUUCUUCAACACAAAGAGGAAUCGUCUCAGAGACAAGCUGGUUCUGCGCAAACAUGAUCCAUUUGUGAACAAGCAUGUCCUAUUCUUUGAGAAGAGGAAGAUCAAAUCUAUUUAAUUAGGCACCAGAAUAUAUGGACAACAUAAACCUGCUAGGUUUAAACGGACUCUUCUUUUUUUCAUUGCAAUGGAUUACACAUUUGUGUUCGGCUGGCUGACAUGUUUUCAGAGGACUUCUUCUUGGAUCUGUUAAAUGGCCUCUUGUCUCUCCACUGCACCAGAUCAGCAUGAUGCAAACCCCGACAGAACUUCAAGAAAGUCUUGAUUACCACCAUUAAAGAAGAAACUACUACUCA